AGCUUUUAUUGAGGUUGCUCGUCCCUCUUACUACCUCACACUAGUCAAGAUGAGCGACAGUGAAGACAGCGACUUUUUCAUCGAUGACUCUCCUAAAAAGAAAGCUGCGCCGAAAAAGCCGGCUGGAGAGAAGAAGCCUCCUGCAAAACCGAAGGAGCCGAAAGAACCCAAGGAAAAAAAGGAAAAGAUCGCUGAUAUCUCGACUACAAUGACUGAGGAGGACAGGAAUGUGUUCACAAACAUCGAUCAAGCUCCUAAAACUGGGAAAAAGCUCGCAAUUGAGGAUAUCUAUCAGAAGAAAUCUCAAUUGGAACACAUCCUACUCCGCCCUGACACGUACAUUGGAUCCGUGGAAUACACCGAAAAAGCUCCAAUGUGGAUCUAUGACUUGGAGAGUGAAAAGCUGGUUAUGAAAGAUAUCCACUAUGUGCCAGGAUUGUACAAAAUUUUCGAUGAAAUUCUUGUGAAUGCUGCGGAUAACAAACAGCGAGAUCCCAAGAUGAACUGUAUAAAAAUCAAUAUUGAAAAAGAAAAGAACCAGAUCUCAAUCUACAACAACGGUAAAGGUAUUCCGGUAGUUCACCACAAAGUGGAGAAUAUGUAUGUUCCUGAAAUGAUCUUUGGAACUCUGCUAACAUCUUCUAACUAUGAUGACAGUCAAAGAAAGGUAACCGGUGGUCGAAACGGUUAUGGUGCUAAACUUUGUAACAUAUUCUCUACUGAAUUCACACUCGAAACUUCUUCGAAGGAAUAUGGAAAGGCUUUUAAGCAGACCUGGAUCAACAAUAUGACUAAAGAUAAAGACUGCCAAAUUGUGAAGGCUGCUGGUGAGGAUUACACAAAGAUCACAUUCAAACCAGAUCUCAAGAAAUUCAAAAUGCAUGAAUUGGAUGAUGACAUUAUCGGGCUGAUGUGUCGUCGUGCUUAUGACGUCGCUGGAAGCACAAAAGGUGUAAAAGUGCUGCUGAACGGAAAAGUUUUGCCUGUGCAAGGAUUUAAACAGUAUGUUGAGCAAUACACUAAGGAUAUCACUGGUCCAACCGGCGAGCCAGCCAAGAUCGUUUAUGAAGCGGUCAACGAUCGAUGGGAAGUGGCAUUGACGGUUUCGGAUAAGGGAUUCCAACAAAUCUCUUUUGUUAACAGUAUUGCCACAAUGAAGGGUGGUCGCCAUGUCGACUAUGUAGCUGACCAAAUGGUGUCCAAGUUGAUCGAUGUCAUCAAGAAGAAAGUUGGGAAAAGCACGGUCAACGUAAAGCCGUUCCAAGUAAAAAAUCACAUGUGGGUGUUUGUGAACUGUUUGAUUGAAAACCCUACGUUCGACUCUCAAACCAAGGAAACGAUGACCCUGCAAGCAAAAUCAUUCGGAUCAAAAUGCGAGCUUAGCGAGAAGUUUACAAAGCAGGCCAUCAACUGCGGUAUUGUAGACGCAGUGCUUGCUUGGGUGAGAUUUAAGCAACAAGAAGAUAUGAACAAGAAAUGCAGUGGUAAGAAAACCACUAAGCUGAAGGGAAUUCCAAAACUUGAAGAUGCCAACGAUGCUGGCACGAAAAAUUCCCAACUAUGUACGCUGAUCCUAACUGAGGGGGACUCAGCCAAGACUUUGGCUGUCUCUGGUCUCGGUGUGGUCGGCCGUGACCGGUAUGGAGUCUUCCCGCUUCGUGGUAAGCUGCUAAAUGUCCGCGAAGGAAGUAUCAAGCAGGUAGCAGAAAAUGCUGAAAUCAAUGCUCUGAUCAAAAUUCUGGGCUUGCAAUACAAAAAGAAGUACGAGACUGAAGAGGACUUUAAAUCACUUCGUUAUGGAAAAGUGAUGGUGAUGGCAGAUCAGGAUCAAGAUGGGUCGCACAUCAAAGGGUUGGUCAUAAACUUCAUUCACCACAACUGGCCUAGUCUCAUACAAAGAAAUUUUGUGGAAGAGUUUAUCACUCCCAUCGUCAAAGCAAGCAAAGGGAAAGAGGAAUUGUCUUUCUUCUCUAUUCCUGAGUAUAAUGAAUGGAGGAAUAAUACGGAGAACUGGAAAACGUUCAAGAUUAAGUACUACAAAGGAUUGGGUACUUCAACCUCGAAAGAGGCAAAGGAGUACUUUUCCGACAUGGUACGCCAUCGCAUUCGCUUCAAGUAUGGUGGAGCAGAAGACGAUACUGCGGUCGACAUGGCGUUUUCCAAGAAGAAGAUUGAGGAGCGGAAGGACUGGUUAACAAAAUGGAUGGCUGAGAAGAAAGAACGUCGCACUAGAGGACUGGAAGAAGAGUAUCUGUACAACAAAGAUACUCGUGCUGUGACAUUCAGUGACUUUGUGAAUAAGGAACUGGUUCUCUUCUCAAACACUGACAAUGAGCGUUCAAUUCCCAGUCUUGUUGAUGGCUUUAAACCUGGUCAGAGGAAGGUCAUUUUCGCAUGCUUCAAGCGUGCUGACAAGCGCGAAGUGAAGGUUGCCCAGCUGGCCGGUGCUGUCGGUGAAUUGUCUGCCUACCAUCAUGGAGAAGCAUCGUUGAUGGGUACCAUUAUCAACUUGGCCCAGGAUUUUGUUGGCUCGAACAACAUAAACUUACUGCUUCCCAUCGGUCAGUUUGGUACACGAUUACAAGGAGGAAAGGACAGUGCCUCUCCUCGUUAUAUUUUCACGCAACUCAAUCCUGUUUCUCGAACAAUUUUCCCAGUGUUCGAUGACCAUAUUCUUCGUUUCCUUUUCGAGGAAAAUCAGAGAAUCGAACCUGAGUGGUAUUGCCCCAUCAUCCCAAUGGUAUUGGUCAAUGGAGCUUCAGGUAUUGGUACGGGAUGGUCAACAUCCAUUCCCAACUACAAUCCUAGAGAGAUUUGUGAGAACAUUCGUAAACUCAUCAGAGGAGAGCAGCCGAAGCCAAUGGUUCCGUGGUUCAAAGGCUUCCGCGGUACUAUCGAGAAGCUUGACUCAACCCGAUUCGUGUGCUCCGGUGAGGUUGCGGUGCUUGGCGAUGACGUCAUCGAAAUCACUGAGCUCCCCAUCAAAACCUGGACCCAGACAUACAAAGAGUCGGUCCUGGAGCCUAUGCUUGACUCUAGUGAUAAGAAGACACCUCUCAUUAGUGACUUCAAAGAGUACCAUACUGAUACUACUGUACGAUUCGUCAUAAAAAUAGCCAAUGGAAGGAUGAAAGAGCUUGAGAGUGAAGGCUUGCACAAAGUGUUCAAGCUGCAAACUGUGCUGAACACCACGUCUAUGGUGCUCUUCGAUGCUGCUGGCUGCCUACGCAAGUUCAAUUCUCCAGAAGAGAUCUGUGCAGAGUUCUUUGAGACGAGAAAGCAAAAGUAUAUCGAAAGGAAGGCUUUCAUGGAGGGGAUGCUGAAAUCGCAAUCCAAUCGUCUAACAAAUCAGGCUCGAUUUAUCUUGGCUAAGAUCAAAGGAGAGAUUGUCAUGGAAAACAAGAAGAAGGCUGCUAUCGUGGAGCAACUCGUUAAGAAAGGAUUUGAUCCGGACCCUGUGAAGAGAUGGAAAGAGCUUCAAAAGAAGAAAGAGUUAGAGCAGAGCGGUGAAUAUGAUGCGACUGAAGAAGAGGAACAGAUGGAGGAGGACGGCAGCGGUGACAGAGACAGAGAUUUGGAAGGCAAACUGUCAGAUUAUGACUAUCUGGUCGGAAUGGCGCUUAUCAAACUUUCCGAAGAGGAGAAGAACAAAUUGCUCAAAGAAAGUGACGAUAAGUUGCGGGAACUUCGCGAAUUGGAAUCGAAGACAUGGGCUGAUCUGUGGAAUGCCGACUUGGACGUGUUCCUCGAAGCCUUGGAGAAGCAGGAAGCCAAAGAGAAGGCCGAUCUUGAAAUUAGCAUCAAGAACGCUAUGAAGAAGUUCACAAAGGAAGACAAGUCGAGAAACAAGAGGACAGCUGCUUUUGCAGCGGAAGUGUUCCCGUCCAAGGAUGGUAUGCGAGUACUACCGAACAUCGAUAAGUCUUUGAAAGAAAAGUAUGACAAGAUCAAUGCUGCUGCUACUCGCGAGAAAAAGCCAAAAGAACCGAAACCGCCUAAAGAGCCGAAAGAAAAGAAGCCGAAGAAAGAGGGUGAUGACAUCAAGAAGUUCAUGACGAGCGAAAAGAAAAGUCCCAAGAAAAAGAAAAGAGAUGAAUGGAACUCGGACGAAUCGUCUACCGAACUUAGCGAUGUGGAUGAUUUGGAGGAAAGUGCACUAUUUGAUGACGAGGACGAUGAUGUUGUGGAGGAAGUACUGCCCCAGAAGAAAGAUCGUGCUUCAAGGGGCCCGCCAAAACGCGUCUCUGAUGAAAAUGCAGAAAAUGGACAUGGUGGAGCCGGAGAUGCUGGAGGAGAUUCGAAUGAUGUGGUCAUGCUUAGCGAGGAUGAUUCAUCACCAGUCAAAAAAGAGCCUAAAAAGGCCACUAAACGAAAAAAUGAGAGUGACGAAAGCGCCUUUGGCGAGCCUUCUCCUAAACAAGCGAAGAAAGCUGAGCCCAAGAAAACUGCUGCGAAGAAAAAUGGCAUAGGUGGAUCAGGCGAUGAGCCAAAGAAAGUUAAGAAGGAAGAAAAGCCUGCCGAUGACAGCAUCUAUGAAUUGCCCGAUGAUAGUGAUGAUGACUUCCCACCGAAGAAGAAAGCCAAAAAGGCCGAAAAUGGCACUGCUGCUAAAAAGGCUGAAAAUGGAUCAGCUGCUACCAAAAAAGCGCCAAAAGGAAAAGUGAAGAAAGAGAAUGGUACCAGUGAUUCGCCAAAGAUGACAGAUUUCUUUGGAAAGAAGGGAAAAGGCAAGAAAAAGGCUGUAGACUCGGAUUCGGACGACGAUGUUGUUAUUGACGAUAGUGAAAACAGUGAAUCACCAAAACCUUCAAGACCAGUAGGCCGACGACAGGCCACAAAAAAGACUUAUAAUUACGGAGGCACCGAUGACGAAGAUGAGGAUAGUUCACCAGUCAAGCCCAGGAAAAGGAAAGUCAUCGAUAGUGACAGCGAUUAAAUACAAACCACCUCACUCUCCUUUCCUUUCUAAUCUCCAAAGUGGCACAGCCUACUUCAGAACUACCUUUGCAUAAUACUCGUGCUUGUUUAUAGUUACAGUACAAGGUAUUAUUUAUCCACGGGAUCUCCUCUUAACUUAUCGAAACCCUGUUACAUCUGAUACUCGAUGGCUAUAUGCAUUUAUUCGCCGAAAAGCGCAGAACUUGUUCCUAGUGUAUUAUUAUCUGUGUCAUGGUACCCAAUGUUAUGCUAUCUCAUGUACAAUUUACCUUUCCUGUAAUGAAUGAUUCUCCCUGUGAGUUAGAG